UUGUGGGGUCAUCCAAACCCAUGGAGGACCCCAACGUUGUGGGGUCACCCAAACCCAUGGAGGACCCCAAUGUUGUGGGGUCACCCAAUGCCACCGAGGACCCCAACGUUGUGGGGUCACCCAAACCCAUGGAGGACCCCAACGUUGUGGGGUCACCCAAACCCAUGGAGGACCCCAACGUUGUGGGGUCACCCAACGCUACAGAGGACCCCAACGUUGUGGGGUCAUCCAAACCCAUGGAGGACCCCAAUGUUGUGGGGUCACCCAAACCCAUGGAGGACCCCAACGUUGUGGGGUCACCCAAACCCAUGGAGGACCCCAAUGUUGUGGGGUCACCCAAACCCAUGGAGGACCCCAACGUUGUGGGGUCACCCAAACCCAUGGAGGACCCCAACAUUGUGGGGUCACCCAAACCCAUGGAGGACCCCAACGCUGUAGGGUCACCAGAACCCAUAGAAGACUCCAACCCUAUGGAGGAUCCCAAACCCAUGGAGGACCCCAACGUUGUAGGGUCACCCGAACCCAUAGAAGACCCCAAUCCCGUGGAGGACCCCAACUUUGUAGGGCCACAAAAACUCACAGACGACUCCAACUCCGCCGAAGACCCCAAUCCCAUGGAGGACCCCGAUCCCAUGGAGGACCCCGAUCCCAUGGAGGACCCCAACUUUGUAGGGCCACAAAAACCCACAGAUGACUUCAACUCCGCCGAAGACCCCAAUCCCAUGGAGGACCCCAAUCCCAUGGAGGACCCCGAUCCCAUGGAGGACCCCAACUUUGUAGGGCCACAAAAACCCACAGAUGACUUCAACUCCGCCGAAGACCCCAAUCCCAUGGAGGACCCCGAUCCCAUGGAGGACCCCGAUCCCAUGGAGGACCCCAACUUUGUAGGGCCACAAAAACUCACAGACGACUCCAACUCCGCCGAAGACCCCAAUCUCAUGGAGGACCCCGAUCCCAUGGAGGACCCCGAUCCCAUGGAGGACCCCAACUUUGUAGGGCCACAAAAACCCACAGAUGACUUCAACUCCGCCGAAGACCCCAAUCCCAUGGAGGACCCCAAUCCCAUGGAGGACCCCACACCCGUGGAGGGCUCUGAGGAGGAAUGAGCCCCUCUUUUUGGGGUCAGUUGUGGGGUGGAGGACACAGCAAUAAAGUGGUGAUGGUCUGCAGCCCCACAA